CGUGAAAUCAGCCGCCCUACUGCCAUCAGCCACUUACAAAAAAACCUAUUAUCCAACACCCCAUAAUGUCCACCAUGUCUGCUCAACGGAGGUCAAGAAUUGUCAUUAUCGGUGGCGGAGUCGCAGGCACGAACAUUGCACGUCCUCUCUCCAAAUCUCUCGACCCAUCUCGCUACGAAAUCAUUCUCAUUAAUGCCCGACCAUAUUCAAUUCUUCUCCCCCCGUCUCUGCGAAUGAUCACUUCGGCCCACAAUGACCUCAAAGAAAACAUCCUUGUCCCGUUUGACAAACUCUUCAUCAAUGGAAAUGGAAAGUUUGUAUGUGGAGAGGUCAUUGCUAUUGACGCGAAGCAGAGGGAGGUUCAGUUGAAAAGUUCGGAGAGGAUUAGAUAUGAUGUUUUGGUCCUUGCUACCGGUAAUAAGUGGGAUGGACCCAUUGCAUUUCCGAAUGAGCCGAAGGAAGUGGACGAGUUCAUUGUACAGACGAGAAAGGAGUUUGAGGAUGCAAAGGACGUGCUGUUAGUGGGCGGUGGUGCGGUUGGUAUUGAACUUGCUGGCGAGAUUCGAGAUGUGUGGUCCGACAAAGAAAUAACCAUCAUACACCGCGAAAAGCUACUCCUUAAUGACGCGUAUCCCCACAAGGUCCGGGAAGCAAUUCAGAAACAACUCGAGAGCCGAAACGUUAAAGUAAUUCUGGACAACAUGGUUUCUGAAGACCUGAUUCCUGGCCCCUCUAAUAAUAUACCUGUCCCGACGAGGAACGGACGAACCUUGCGUCCCGAUCUCGUCGUUCGUACAUGGGGUGGUCGUCCGAACACACAGUUCAUGGGUUCUUCCCUCGGCCAAAACGCCCUGACUCCCCGCGGCCAUAUCAAAGUCAAACCAACCUUACAGCUAAUCGAUCAUCCGAAUAUCUUUGCGGCGGGAGACAUCAUUGACUGGCAGGAACAGAAAACGAGUAUGAAGACGUCUAUGGGGCACGUACCAGUCGUCGUAAAGAAUGUGACGAGUUUCCUGAAUGGGAAGAAUGUGAAUGCGCUUUACAAAGGGUCGAUGGAGAUGAUUGUAAUCGUGAAUGGAAAGGCCAGUGGUAUUGUUUUCAUGGAUGUCCUCUGGGGUCUCAUGCUUGGCCCUUUCUUCGCUGUGCUUUUCAAGUCGAAAAAUCUUCUAGUUCCUAUACUACGCGGUGCAAUUGGGUAUUAG